AUGGCGGCAACCAACGGACAUGCCAACGGAUCUCUCGAUCCCUACACCAAGACGUGCCAGGAUGUUUCUGGACCCAAUGCCAAUCCGCGCGCCAAGUUCGUGCUCGACAGCCUCAUGAAGCACCUCCAUGCCUUUGCGCGCGAGGUCCAUCUCACCAAUGAAGAAUGGCUCGGCGCCUGCGACCUGCUCAUCCGCUCCGGCCAGAUGUCCGACGACCGCCGAAACGAGCUCAUCCUCAUCUCAGACGUCCUCGGCCUCGAAUCCCUGGUAGACAGCAUGGCCUACGAGCGCGCACAGGCCUCGUCCUCCUCCAACAAGUCUACCCCGGAUGUCGAGGCCACCCAGAGCGCCAUCUUGGGUCCCUUCUUCCGUUCCGGCGCACCCAAGUACGACGCCGGUGCAGACGUCGUCCUCGACCAUUCCAUCAAGAGCAAGGAGGGCAAGACCGGCGAGACUUGCUACAUGCACGGCACCGUCACCGAUGCCGCCACAGGCAAGCCCGUCGUAGGCGCCGUCAUCGACGUCUGGCACACCGGCCCCAACGGCCUCUACGAACAGCAGGACCCGGAUCAGCCCGACUUCAACUACCGCGGCAAGUUCACCACAGACGACAACGGACAGUAUGCGCUGCGCUGCCUCAGACCCACCGCCUACCCCAUCCCCUACGACGGCGGCGCAGGCGACAUCCUCAAGCUCCUCGACAGGAGCCCCAUGCGUCCCGCCCACAUCCACCUCCUCAUCGAGGCCAACGGCUACAAGCAGCUCGUCACCCAGAUCUUCGACUCAAAGUGCGACUACAUUGGUGCAGACGCCGUCUUUGCCGACAAGAGCGCACUCACCGUCGACUUUGCCCAGCCCACCGCUCCCGAGGCAAAGAAAUUCGGCACGCACACCGAGGUCACUUACGACAUUCGUCUCGUUGCCGACAAUUAA